AACCCGGUGUCUCUAUGGUGAAGGAAGCCGAAAGUUUAAUUUGAAUCGGUGCUGAUUGGUCCAGGGGCGGUGUCCUGUCAGCAGCGCUGGAGUUCAACCAAAAAUCCGAGCACCUACAAUUUAACGAUUCUUUGUUGGAAAGGUAUUUUCAGCCUUCCGUUAUUCUUGCAGUCCACAAUGAACCCUUCCUGCGAUUCUGAUAUCGACGAGGAUUUAGAUACGUAUCUGAAAGGUUUAAGAGAAAGGGCUAACAAGAGCAUACAGAAACUGAAAUGUACUCUGGAAGGAACACUUCAGGUGGAAUCCUCUGAACUAUCUCCAGUGGUUGGACCUGACACCAUCCAAGGAAACUGUAAGAAUCUCUCAGAGACGGCCGAGAGUCAUUGUGAAAUGGCAUGGCAGGAGUUACAACAUAGUCAUGCAGUGAACGAGCUCAGAACUUUGUUGCGGGAACAAGAAAUUAGAGAAGGGACAGGUUCACCAUCUACAACCGGGACAUGUCGUAUGAGACAAGGAAAAGAUUCUGAUCACUCACCAUCUGUUCAAGAUCUGGUACCUAUUCUUAAUGAACAAUCAGAAUACAUUCAACAUUUGGAGGCAGAAGUCAAGCUUUUCAAGGAGGAAUUUACUCGAGUGAAACAGCGGGUGCAGGUUGUUGUGGUUGAAAAUGAAAAACUUCAGGAAGAGUUAAAAUCGAGAGCAACUCAUGAUGCUUUGGAUGAACCAUCCGUAUGCUCUUUCUCACAACAUUCAAAAGCUGUCUCCCCAGUUGAUCAAAAAUCCACCAGAACACACAAGGUGCAGGAGACCUCUUCGCCAGCAAAGCAGCAGAAAUGGCCAUCAUGCACACUGCCACGACGAGAGUGCAGUACUAUUAAAGAAGAAAUCAAAAAUUGGCAGCUAGAAGUAGAAAACCUAGAGACUCUUUACCAAGGGAAAACAGCAACUCUGGAGCUUCAAAUUUCAUUACUAAGAAAAGACCUAUCGGAAUCGCAAAAGCAAUGUCAUGAGUUCAUUGAACGAUUAAAACAUCAAGACGCAUUACUCGCGGUGAAUUGUGCAGAUCGUGUCGGUGGCCUUUGUUUGAAAUGUGCCCAGCAUGAGGCAGUUAUGGCCCGGACGCAUAGUGAUGUACAUAUGCAAUCUAUAGAGUGCUUAAGAAAUGAAAAAGAUGAACUGAUGUGUAUGCUGUCAAAUAUGAGAAGCAACCUAACUGAAAUGCAGGCCAGGGAAAAUUCUGCAUAUCAGCAGGUGAAACAUACUACGGAGAUAGCAGAAGAAGCUAAUUUGGAGAAAAUACAGGUUGUGGUCCACUGUGAGCAGCUGAAGAGUGAGUUGUUGCGCCAGAAAGAGGGGCUAGAAAGGGAACUAGCUUGUCAGCAAGAAAAAAUUGCAAAUGCCAAGAAAAUUGUACAGGAAGAAAUGAGGAAAGAGAGGGACGAGCUGACAUCAAAGGUGAGCUGUUUGUCGGAGAAUGUCGCAUGUCUUGAAGGUCAGUUGCAGAGGCUGGUGAGGGAGAAGGAUUCGGCAUGUAGCCAACUGGAAGCAACUCAGAAGCAACUAAAAUAUACCGAGAUGGAGACUAAUAAGGAAUCUGGUGAAUUGCGUUAUCAGCUGAAUCAGGUCAAAAUUAAGAAAGAAGAGACCGAGAAGGAAUUCAGAGUGCAACGAGCAAAAAUGUCACGGGAAUUGGAACUGCAAGGACAGGAGAAACAGAAACUUGAGCUGGAAAUUAAUGAAACUAAGUGUCAUUUGGAGCACGUCCAGCAGGAUGCAGCAAAAACGAAGGAUGAAUAUCUAAAGCUGAUAGAACUACUGAGCAAAGCCGAGCACCAACUGCACCUCACCAGGAUGGAAAAGGACAGUCUCCUUCGUAGUCACAGUGAUUAUGUCAAAGCCCUGGCCUUUCAAUCUAAACACCGUGAACAAGAGCUAACAGAAAAGAUACAGCAAAUGGAGACCCAGCAUGAUAAAACUGUGAAUGAACUGGAGGCACUACUCAGCUCUCAGAGUGCUCUCACAAACAAAUUAAAAACAGAAUGUCGCACUUUAAGUCAAAAGCUACAAAAGAUCACAGAAAAAAACAGAUCGGAGGUUGGCCAACUUUGCCAAGAGAAAGAAUAUUUACAGGAAAGACUGGAGAAACUACAAGACAGAAAUGAUGAAAUGGAAAAUCAGUGUAUCCAGCAUGGAACAGUGCAUGAAAAAAUGAAACAGAGACUCCAACAGUUGGACCAGCACAGUCAGGCCAGUGCACAGCAAGUGGUGGAACUACUGCAGAAGCAAAAUGAGCUGAUGAAGGAAAGACAGACCCUACUGGAAAAGUUGCAGUGUCUCCAGUCAUCAGAAAAUGUCUCAGACUAACCUCCUUUUCUGUCAUAACGACAGAGAACCAACGAAUAUUCAACUGGAUGUCAUUCUGCAUCAAUAUAAGAAGUUUUACAUUUUUUAAAGUUUUGUACAUAUUUUUGAUAUUAAAUGUUUAAGUAUAAAGUAUAUACUACAGUUUAUGGCCAUAUAUUUCAACUGUAAUCUCACCUUGCAGUGAGGGGGAAUAAUUUACUAUUUAACAUUACUACAACUAAUACUGUAUUGAUUCUUGUGUACAAAUAGAUGCCCAACUGUUUUCAGCUACAGAUUAGCAGAUAUGCUCUCAUUUAGGCGAGACUCACCUGAUUCAUGUUGCUUGCCAAAGUGAUGUGUGUGAUUUUGUACAAAGUCUUGAUGCCUCCCUGUCUCAUUUCAGAUGACAACGGUAAUUUUUAAAGUUUUGCCGAGUGCAUAGCAACAUUCUAUUGUAAAGAUGAUGGCAGAGUUGUGCUGACAAUAUAUGCAUAAUAUCUUUACCAUUAAUGAAAGGCUGCUUCAGUAUUCCGAUUCUGUUUUGGGGAUAUUUGUUUAAAACCAUUCUUCUGUAAAUUAUUUCAUUUAUCGUAAUUUAUUUCAUAUCUAAUUGAAGCAGUUAAUGUGAACCUUUGGAUGCUGUCAAUUCAAACUGUGCACAAAGUGAUAACUAUUUUGAUGUUUACAUUAAAAUUUAUUUUCCUACAAGCAGAAGGAAUGUGUUACAUUCUAGUGUGGUGCCUGAUGCAAAAUGUGUACUGAUUAGAAUAUUUUAACACUUGUAGUUUUGUGUUUCUAGUGGGAAUAUGUCUUGUGAAAGAGAGCUUUAUUGAAUGAUUAAAGAAGUUUGUUUUUAUUCAA